GCAGCAGUGCCAGCUACCUGAGGACAUAGCUGGUCGCCACUCGUGCCAACCCAAAAAGAUGGCAACUACAGGAACUUCGCAGGUUAAGAGGAAUCGAGAUGAAAGUCCCAUCGGUCCCGAUUGCAAAUUCACAGAGACCGGCCCCAAAGGUCAUGAACUUCGACUUUCCAGAGUCAACCUCUUCACUCUGCUGAGCCUUUGGAUGGAACUUUUCCCCAGGAAUAAACCGAAAAAUGCUGAGCAAUCUACAGGAAGAAAAUGCACAAAACAAGAUGGAAAAAAUAUUCAGGCAAAAGUCACAGGUCUGGUCGUGGUCCAAGGCCGCAAAGUGAUGGGUCUGCACUGCUCCAGUGCUGAGCAGCAUGUGGGGCAGGUGGCAGUGAUCAGACACGGCCCCAGACUGAAGGGCUGUGACCUCUACUUCUCCAGGAAGCCCUACUCCACCUGCAUGAAGAUGAUUGUUUACGUGAAAUGUUGUUUUAAAUCUCCCCCUCUUUCGCCUCCCUUAGCUGACGUGAACGUCGUGUCCUACUGGCCCGGCGACCCCGAGCUCAGCCUCCCGUUGCUUAACGACGCCGCCGGCGUCAAGGACUCCGCUGCCGACGAGGACCCCGCGGGCGUCAAGCAACCCGCUGUCGACGAGGACAUCGCGGGUGUCGAGCAACCCGCUGCCACUGGUGACAACCACCCCGCCAUACUCGAUGCCAUCGCCGCGGAGCGGCUCAAGCCCAGCAGCCAGCUGCACGUGUACUAUCCGCUGGCCAGCGAGAUGCAGCAGGUCGCUGAGAAGACCUCCAAGGCCUCCGACUUCCUGAAGCAAGUGGGCCGCGAGCGCCGGGAGGACCUGUUCGACAACCAGCAGCAGCGGAGCCUGGAGCGCCUCAGGACCGCGUUCAUUGUCAGGGACGAGGAUCAGCACCAGUACAUCCUGAGGAAGAUCGGCCUGGAAAACUUCAGCGUGGAGCCCUAUUUCAGCACCCUGCGGAAGCACAUGGAGGAUCUGAUCGACGUGCUGGCGUCGGUCGCCUCCAGCGUCCCCGACCUCCAGCAGGGCUACGGCUUCUAUGAGAGGGACCUCUCCCAGGACCACUCCCAGGGCCUCUCCCAGGACGUCGCCCGACACUGCAUGAUACAGGCCCAGCUGCUGGUCUACAGGACGGAGGACCACAAAGUCGGAGUUGGUGCUGUGAUCUGGGCUGAAGAAAAGUCUGGUCGCUGUGAUGGGACGGGGGGCAUGUACCUGGUGGGGUGCGGCUACAACGGGUAUGCAGGGGGGUCCGCGUAUUCAGCGUUUCCCCAGAUGGGCAGCGAGGAGAAGGACCCUUGGAAAAAGAAGUACAAAUACAUCAUCCAUGCUGAGCAGAACGUACUCAUCUUCAGGAGUGCUGAGAUUAAGGAGGAUGAGAAGACAAUGCUCUUUGUCACAAAAUGCCCCUGUGAUGAGUGUGUACCUCUGAUAGUGGGCGCUGGAAUUAAACAGGUGUACACCACAGACCGGGACAGUGGCAAAGAUAAAGGUGACCUCUCCUACCUCACGUUUGUCCAACAACAGGAUGUACAGAAGUUUAUAUGGCAGAAAAAACCGUGAGCCGAAGACCUUUCAUAACCACCCGAACAGACAUGAUCAACCUCGCUAUCAACAUCUUUUGACCCUCCUUUGUGAUGACAGCUGAAACCUUUUCAUGAAUGGGGGCUGUAGGGAAAAUUCACGGAAAAAGAGAUCUCUGUCCUUAUUGUGAUUCAUUGCUUACAAAGUCAAAAUCAGACUCAAUAUAUCACAUGUAUGCUGCUUGUUAUCAAAUCAAAUGAACCUAGAACAUUUAAUUACAGCUAAGCUUAUGAAAACGCAAGAAGCCACAGUGUAAACUGUCGAAAUGAGAGCAAAGACUGCAAAAAUGCAUCAGGCUAAAUAAGUACAUUUACUCACUUAGAAGAAUAGAUUGAUAAUCAAAUGUUUAGUAGUAUAUUUUCAAUGAUUCACUGAUGUUUAGUAGUAUAUUUUCAAUGAUUCACAGAUGUUUAGUAGUAUAUUUUCAAUGAUUCACAGAUGUUUAGUAGUAUAUUUUCAAUGAUUCACAGAUGUUUAGUAGUAUAUUUUCAAUGAUUCACAGAUGUUUAGUAGUAUAUUUUCAAUGAUUCACUGAUGUUUAGUAGUAUAUUUUCAAUGAUUCACUGAUGUUUAGUAGUAUAUUUUCAAUGAUUCACAGAUGUUUAGUAGUAUAUUUUCAAUGAUUCACUAAUGUUUAGUAUAUCGUAUAUUUUUUUUUAACUUUUGCAUUUACUAUUGCGCUGUUCACAUGCUUCCUCAAGCCAAACUAGAGGAUCUAAUUUUUCUAACAGAGAGGCAUAGGAUCCCUCUUUGCAAUGUUUUGCAAUGUACUCAAUGGCAUACUCCAUUAUCCUAGGUUCUGAGUACACCUAUGUACAAUAUACCUACUGUGGUCGUUUAACUCAAGGACACAGGAUAAAUGUGGGAUACCCUGCUGGUACUUUAAAAAAGUCCAGUUCCUCUUCAAACACACCUCCUGUUUAACCCUGUGAAGCUAACUUCACUGCUAAACAGGUCAGAACAAUAUAUCUACCAUGUACAAUAAACCAACUGUGGUGGUUUACCUCAAGGCCACAGGAUAAACAUGGGAUACCCUGCUGGUACUUUAAAAAAAGUCCAAUUCCUCUUGUAAGGGUAAUUUUCUUAAUUGACAAUGUGUGUUAACAUAAAGACAAUCACAUGAUUACAAAUAACCUUUUAGUGAUAAUCCUUAUUACUAUUAGACCACUUUCUGAAUUAAGUGCUUACUAUGAGUCUUUCUCUGUCUCUCUCCAGCAGACAGACAGCCUUUGACCUUAAUGUCUCUGCUUCUCAGCUAGCACAUUCUGGUCUUACAGCAAGGUCAACAAGGGGUAUUCAGAAGACAAAAUACUGAUAAAUGUUCGUGGCCAGCUUCAUGUCUUUUUGUUUUGGUAAAGCCCUCCCUUCUGGAAAAGUGUGUAUAAGAGUCUUACUGUGUGAUGCAAAUCAGAAAGCCGUUAAGCUUUCUCACUUCCUGUAAUUUCUUUGCAAAUAAAUACAAAAGUUAAACUCAA